AUGGGAUAUGGUGGUGGCCUUUUACAUUCUCAUGUUCAAACUUAUCCUAGUGGUUCGAAACAACAACAAGUAACAUGUUACCAUCAUAGAGAUGCAAAUAAUGAAUGGAUUAUUAAAAAAGUAAGAGAAGCGCAAGUGGAUAACGAUACAGAGAUUGAAUUUGUAAAACACAAUGAUGUUGUCCGUUUGUUUCAUGCGCAAACUGGCCGAAAUCUUCAUAGUCAUCAAGUAGGCGCACCUGUCACAAAAUCUCAUUAUGAAGUUAGUUGUUAUGGCAACGAAGAAAUUGGUGAUAAAAAUGAUUACUGGAUUGUUGAAGUGGUCGACGAUCUUUUUGAAAAAACGGAUCAUAUUCGUUCCUUGACAACUCGUUUAAGAUUUCGUCAUCAAAUCUUGGGAUGUUAUUUAAGAGCUGCUAAUGCCAUUUUGCCUCAAUGGGGAUUUAAACAAGUUGAAGUAACAUGCGAUAAAAAGAACACAUCAUUGGAAUGA